AUGUCAGAAGAACAAUGUGAAUCCAUUGAAAUGGAUAAUGAUCCUAACACUUGUAAUAUUACAUUUACACAAAAGAAGAGACGAGCUGUAGGUGUUUCACCUACUACAAAAAUUCAAGACAAGGGAAUAUCUAUGUCGAACCAACCUAAGCAAACUGAUCAGGAUAUUCGUGAUAAGUUAAUUGUUGAAGACUUAUGUAAAUUUGCGAAGGAUAAACAUCAGUUUAAUAUUGAUGUUCCUGGAUAUCGUCGAACAUCAACUACCAGUACACAUGAAGAAUAUAAAAUUUUACUAUCUGUUAAAAAUAUAGAGACAUUUGCGUUCCUGUUAGAUGAAAAAAUUUGGCCACAAGAAUUAUGUGGACUUAAAUAUAAAUUGAUAUGUCCUUCGAUUCCACCUCAACUUUCAGCAAUUAUGCCUGAUUUACUAUUGAAUAUUAACUUCUAA